AGGUGUGUAAUACGACACUCCUGCAUAAUCAGUAUCCGCAUCUCUAAAGGAAACAAAAGCAAAAGCAUUUUGUUUUUUUUUAACACAGUUUGUUCCGUCUUUCUGUGAGCGCAGGAACAUGGCCGAAGCUGUUCUAACAGCGCAGGACUCCUUCUGCUGUCCAAUCUGCCUGGAUCUCCUGACGGACCCGGUGACCAUUCCGUGUGGACACAGCUUUUGCCUGAGCUGUAUUAACAGCUGCUGGGAUCAUAAAAAAGAUUAUGUCUGUCCCCAGUGCAGAGAGACGUUUGCUCCGAGGCCCGUUCUCAAGAAGAACACCAUGCUGGCUGAACUGGUCGAGGCACUCAGUAAGACGAGACUCCGAGCGGCUCGUCUUGACGCUCGCCCCGGGGACGUAGAUUGUGACGUCUGCACCGAGAAUAAGCACAAAGCCGUCAAGUCCUGCAUGGUGUGUCUGGCCUCGUAUUGCGAAGCUCACAUCCAGACUCACUAUGAUUCUCCUGCGCUGAAGAAGCAUCAACUGGUCGAGGCCUCCGUGAACCUUCAGCAGAAGAUCUGCUCUCAGCACGGCAAGCUCCUGGAGAUCUUCUGUCGCACAGACCAGAAGUUCCUUUGUUGCUUGUGUGUAAUAGAUGAGCACAGUGGCCAUAAGACAGUCUUACCUGCAGCAGAAAGAGCUGAGAGAGAGAAGCAAUUGUUGGAGACAUGGAGGGAAUCCCAGCUGAGAAUCAAAGAGAGAGAGAAGAAAGUACAAGAGCUGAAACAGAAUAUGGAGUCUCUCAGGCUCUCUGCACAGGAAUCUGUUAAAGAAAGCGAGCAGCUCUUCAAUGAUCUGAUUCAGUCCAUUGAGAAAAGACGCUCAGAGGUGAAGGAACUGAUCCAGGCUCAGGAGAAAGCUGAACUGACUCUGGUUGAGGAACUUAUCAAGAACCUGGAGCAGGAGCUUGAUGAUCUGAGGAAGAGAGAUGCUGAGCUGGAGAAGCUUUCACAUACAGAUGACCACAUCCACUUCCUCCAGAGCUUGCGGUCUUUCUGUGCUCCUCUCGGACUUGGAGAGUUACCCAAGUUUGUGAUCAGACCUAAAUUUUCUACAGAAGAACUGAGGAAAGUUGUGUCUGGAUUGACUGAACAAGUGGAGAAGUUCUAUAAACUGCAAUUAGUCAAAUCUGAAGACCACAGCGCCUUGCUGCCUGAGCCGAAGACCAGAGAAGACUUUAUGAAAUAUUUUUGUCAGCUGACUCUGGAUCCAAACACAGCGCACCACCGGCUCUGUCUGUCUAAGGAGAACAGAAAAGUGACCGUGGCUCGUCAGGCUCAAAAACGCCCGGAUCAUCCCGAGAGAUUCGACAUGGUGCAGCAAGUCCUGUGUAAAGAGACUCUGUCGGGGCGCUGUUACUGGGAGGUCGAGCAGGUUAGCAAGAACACCUGUGCAAUCGCAGUGUCUUAUAAAAGCAUCAGCCGGAAAGGCAACAGCAAUGAGUCUAGCUUCGAGCAAAACGACAAGUCCUGGAGUUUCACUUGUUUCAAGUCGAAAUACUUCUUUAAGCACAAUAACAAGGAUAUCGAGGUUCCUGUAGAGACAUGCUCCUCCAGAAUAGGGGUGUACCUGGACCACAGGGCAGGAACUCUGUCCUUCUACAGCGUCUCUGACACCAUGACCCUUCUCUACAGAGUCCGCACCACAUUCACUCAGCCUCUCUAUGCCGGCUUUCAGAUUUAUGGUUACGAUAACUAUUUUCAAAUCUGCGGUCCUAAUUUAUAAAAGCCUGACGUGUCCGUUAUCUGCUUGCUUCUUACUGUGUAGGAUCUGAUGAAUUGUUGUAAACGAAAUGAUCCAGAGUGUAUUUCUAAAUGAGAUUAAACAUCAUCUUUGCUGUGUACAUCAUAGUGUGCAGAUAUCAGGUCAUUUCUUAAAGCCUCUGCAUGGACUCGUUACUCAAUCCGACUUCAGGAUUUCUGCAUUUAAAAAACCACAAGCUUGUUUCUUCUUGCUGACUCGACUAGAUUUAUUUGAGGAGCCUGAACAUGUACUGUACCAUUGUGCCAUUCAUACACAACAAAGCUGGGUGUACAAAAC